AUGUUGGGGGAAUGGAAUGCACAGGCAUCGGGCGACUUGAAAGUGGUAGCAGUCCUGCACCACCAUCCCUGUACUUCAACGCUCCCUCUCCUUUACCACCACCAUCCAGAGUGGUAUCCAAAUCUUUCGAGUCGCAGCCUGUGCUCACCCGACGCCGCUAUUUCUUCCCCCUUUUCAACAUCUCCACCACCCAAUCUUCCCGUGUCUCCCCGUAUCCAUGACCCUCCUCGUCUCCAACAGCAGGUUUCGUCGCCUCGAGUACGGAAGGGCGACUUUUUUGCGACCGAAUCGUCGUCAGCAGGGCAUCAUCGUCAUGGGCUUUGCGCCUUUACUUCUCAAUAUGAGCUGUGGACGAUAUUGCCCGUGCGGCUCUCCUACACUGUCGCUGGUUUAAACGCUCUCCCCAAUUCGCAGAACAACUACCCAUAUCUUGCUUGUUGCUAUAUCCUUCGAUAA